ACAACCUCAACUCAUCUAUUAAUAUAACUAUCUCGGUUGCAAAUCAAACCAUUCUAUCUACAUAUCUUUCAACCGAAGCUUAGCAUCCAUACAAAGUUAAAGAGAGUUAAAGGAAAAGAUUUUAGAAAAAAAGAGCUUCUACGAGAGUGCGUCUCAAGUGAGUUUGAAGCCCAAAACAACAAACGGGUUGGCUUCAUCUUUGAUUCUUCUUCUUCACCAUCAUCUUGCUUUACCUCGUUGUUGUCGUCGUCGUCAUGUGUAAUCAAAGCACCGCCGCUACCCUCCCAAACGUAACCGAGAAAUCAUCUCGAUCCCACCUUUACUUCAAUCUCUUACCACUUUCCGACUCCAUAAAAGACCCUGAAAAGCAGCAGCUGCAACACGAAGGAAAUAAUGGAUGCAUAUACCCUUCAAUCUCAGAGACCGCAUCAGAAGUUAAAUCCCUCUUCAAUCUAGCCUUCCCCAUAGCCCUCACCGGUCUCAUUCUCUAUUCUCGUUCCAUCAUUUCCAUGUUCUUCCUUGGCCAUCUCGGGGAUAUCCAACUGGCCGCUGGCUCUUUAGCUAUAGCCUUUGCAAACAUCACGGGAUACUCGGUUCUCUCUGGCCUUGCUUUAGGUAUGGAACCACUUUGUUCCCAAGCCUUUGGUUCUCAAAGACCUAAGCUUCUGUCUUUAACCCUUCACCGCUACGUUGUUUUCCUCUUGUUCACUUCCAUAUUAAUAUCUUUCCUUUGGAUAAGCAUGUUUAACAUUUUGGUAUAUUUUCAUCAAGAUCCUAAUAUCACCCACAUAGGCCAGAGGUACUUGCUUUUUUCCCUCCCUGACCUUUUCACCAACUCCUUCAUUCACCCAAUCCGCAUUUACCUUCGCGCUCAAGGCAUCACCUUCCCGCUUACUUUAGCAACCUUCAUCGCCACCGUCUUCCAUUUACCCAUCAACUUCUUACUCGUCUCCCGCUUCAACUUCGGCGUCACCGGGGUCGCAGCCUCCUCUUCCAUCUCUAACUUCUUCGUCCUCAUCUCCUUGGUUGUUUACAUUUGGGCCUCGGGACUCCACGAACCCACAUGGGAGAAGCCGAGUUUGGAGUGUUUAAGAGGAUGGAAGCCGCUGCUCAAGCUAGCCGCGCCGAGCUGCGUUUCGGUUUGUUUGGAGUGGUGGUGGUAUGAGAUUAUGAUCGUUUUGUGUGGGCUUUUGGGGAACCCAAAGGCGUCGGUCGCUUCCAUGGGGAUAUUGAUUCAAACGACGUCGUUGAUAUAUGUUUUCCCUUCUUCCCUGAGUCUCGCGGUUUCGACCCGUGUUGGAAACGAACUAGGUGCGAACCGUCCUAAUAAAGCGAGAUUAUCCGCUGUGGUGGCGGUGCUCGUAUCCGCCAUGAUGGGCCUAUCAGCUUCGACGUUUGCUUCAGCGAUGAGCGAUAAGUGGGCCCGGAUAUUCUCUUCUGAUCCCGAGAUCUUACGGCUGACAUCCAUCGCCCUUCCCAUCCUAGGGCUAUGCGAGCUAGGGAACUGCCCGCAAACGGUGGGAUGUGGGGUCCUGAGAGGGAGUGCACGUCCUUCCACCGCAGCUAAAUUGAACCUCGCUGCGUUCUACCUGGUGGGCAUGCCCGUAGCAGUUGGGCUCGGGUUCUAUCAUGGAGUCGGGUUUUCUGGGCUUUGGCUGGGCUUGUUUUCGGCGCAGGUGUGUUGCGCUUUGAUUAUGUUGUUUGCGGUGGGAUCCACUGACUGGGACCUACAAGCUAAGAGCGCCCAGAUGCUGACGUGUGUAGAUACAAGGCUACCCGAUGAGUGUGACAAUAAUAAGGGUGAAGAACAUCAGCCGUUGAUCUCCAUUAUGGUGAUUUCGGCUGCUUAAUUAACCCAUGUUUAAUUCGUAG